AUGAGGCUUCUUACUUCUCAUAAGCCGGGCGCCAUCGCCCGAGGAGCAUUUCGCAAUACCAGCUUCAUCCCAUAUACCAGCCGCGCCAGCGUCUCAACUCUCCAUGCCAGAAUCGACAGCCCACCCCCGAGAAUUAUCAAAAGCCAAGGCUGUUGGCUGGAAACACAUCAAGGCUAUAAAAUUCUAGAUGCUUCAUCAGGUGCCGCUGUCGUUUCAAUUGGACAUAACCAAUCGAGGGUCAAGGAUGCUAUCGCCGCUCAGCUUGACCAGGUCGCCUAUUGCUACAAUCCUUUCUUUACAACCGAAGCUGCGGAAAAGAUAUCGAGUUUCUUGACCGAGUCUACUAAUGGAGCGAUGUCAAAAGUAUUUAUCGUCAGCUCCGGCACCGAGGCUGUUGAAGCAGCUCUUAAAAUCGCACGGCAGUACUUCACUGAGCUACCAACACCACAGCCAUCUAGAACAAGAUUUAUUGCACGAAAACAAUCAUAUCACGGUAAUACCCUUGGUUCGUUAGCAGUCGGUGGCCACAAAGCCAGACGGGGCGUGUACGAGCCCAUCCUAGCUCCAAAUGUUUCGCAUGUAUCUCCUUGCUAUCCUUAUCGAGAGAUGAAAGCAGACGAGACAGAACAGCAAUACGUUGAACGUCUCGCAAAAGAGCUGGACGAUGAGUUCCAGCGUGUUGGGCCCGAUACUGUGUGUGCGUUUAUAGCUGAGACGGUUUCUGGAACAUCACUGGGUUGCGCACCACCAGUACCAGGGUACUUCAAGGCCAUGAGAGAUGUGUGCGAUCGUCAUGGCGCUCUCCUCAUCAUGGACGAGGUAAUGUCCGGUAUGGGUAGAACUGGCACUCUUCACGCCUGGGAGCAAGAAGGCGUCAUCCCAGAUCUACAAACCGUAGCCAAGGGGCUAGGAGCUGGCUACAUGCCUGUAGGAGCAUUGCUAGUUGGAAAAAAGGUCGCUGACACUCUCGCCCAAGGCUCUGGGGCCUUCUCGCAUAGUCAGACCUACCAGGGCCACCCCGUUGCGUGUGCAGCUGCAUAUGCUGUGCAGUGUGUUGUAAAAGACGAUAACAUGCUGCAGAAUGUGGAACAAAUGGGCAAGGUACUAGGUACAAAGCUGAAAGAGAGACUUGCGGGGCAUAAGAAUGUUGGAGAUAUUCGAGGCCGUGGAUUGUACUGGGGUCUCGAGUUUGUUCGUGAUAAAGAGUCAAAGGACCCAUUUGAUUUGAGCGAGCAGAUUGCUGGGAAGCUUCAUAAGACCGGACUGGGAGUUGACUAUGGUAUUUCACUGAUUCCUGCGACAGGGAAUAUUGAUGGUAUCCGAGGAGAUAUGGUGAUAAUCUCGCCCCCAUUUACUAUCACAGAGGAAGAGAUUGAGAUGAUUGUUGACAAGGUAGAGAAGGUCGUCAUCGCCGUGCUUGGCGCCUGA